CCCACGUCCUGCUAUGCCACUAGCCAUGGAGACCUCCCCUUUCAUCAAGCUCAUCCCAUUCACCCUCCUCCUAGCCUGUUCUUCGUCGGCCAUGGCUGCUGAGCCAUCUUUGGAGGAACAGGCACGAGCUCUUCUUGCCUGGAAAGCCACACUAGAAAGCCAACCAACCCAACUGCAAUCCUGGGAGAACACUUCACGGCCGUGUAGCUGGCAUGGCAUCAGGUGCAGCAAGCAUCAACAAGCAAGGCUCCAGCAAGAGGUACCGGUGAUCACCGGGAUCUCUCUGCGAGGCUUGGGGCUGAGAGGGGAGCUCGACACCCUCAACUUCUCGGUGUUGGCAACCCUGACGAGUAUCCAACUCGCGCAAAAUCAGAUAAGGGGCUCCCUACCACCUUCUUUAGCAUCAUCCUUGCCAAACCUGCGGCAUCUAAUGCUCCAGGAAAAUAACCUCUCUGGUGAAAUACCAAAGCAUAUAAAACACCUAGAGGGUCUUGUGGUGCUGAAUUUGUCAAUCAAUCACUUGUUUGGUCCCCUUCCCAGCGAACUAGGCUACCUAAGGAAGCUGCGUACAUUAGAUUUUUCCAGCAACAACCUCACAGGCCCUGUUCCAAGAGAUUUAGGAAAUUUAACCAAGCUCACUAACUUGUCUCUGGGUGAUAACCAAUUAUCUGGACAUCUUCCUCGAGAACUAGGUUACCUCGUGAAUUUACGAUGGUUGGUUCUUAGUCAAAACCAAUUCAUGGGUUCUAUCCCCCCUACCUUCGGGAGAUUGGUUAAUCUCACCGUAUUGUACCUAUAUUAUAACCAAUUUUCUGGACAUAUUCCUCGAGAAAUAGGUUACCUCGUGAACUUAGAAGAGUUAGAUUUUACCGGCAACAAACUCACAGGCCCUAUCCCAAGAAACCUAGGGAAUUUAACCAAACUCAGUGACUUGUUUCUUGGUGAUAACCAAUUGUCUGGAUAUCUUCCUCCAGAAUUAGGUUCCCUGGUGAAUUUAGGAGGGUUGCAUAUUUGGCAAAACAAGCUCAUGGGUUCUAUCCCCGCUACCUUUGGGAGUUUGGUUAAUCUCACUAGCUUGUACCUAAGGUAUAACCAACUUUCUGGACAUAUUCCUCGAGAACUAGGUUACCUCGUGAAGUUAUUUGAGUUAGAACUUCAACACAACAAACUCAUGGGUUUCAUUCCUGAUAUUUUUGGAAAUUUGACCAAGCUCAGUUACUUGUACCUGGGGGACAACCAACUUUCCGGACAUAUUCCUCGAGAACUUGGUUACCUGGUGAAUCUAAAAAAGUUAGAUCUUAGGAACAACAAACUCAUGGGUUCUAUCCCUGCUACCUUUGGGAGUUUGGUUAAUCUCACUAGCUUGGUCCUAUGGGGCAAUCAACUUUUCGGACGCAUUCCUCCAGAACUAGGUUAUCUCAUGAACUUAGAAGAGUUACAACUUAGCAACAACAAACUCGUGGGUUCCCUCCCUGAUAUGUUUGGAAAUUUGACCAAGCUCACUCUCUUGCACUUGGAUAAUAAUAAAUUUUCCGGACAUGUUCCUCGAGGAAUUGGUACCUUAAUGGAUCUCCAAUAUCUGCAAUUUAGUGGUAACAAUUUCUCUGGUCCCUUGCCACCUGACUUGUGUGCUGGAGGCAAGCUCGAGAGAUUGGCUGGAUUUGAUAACAACCUGAAUGGACCUUUGCCAUCAAGUCUGGUACAUUGCUUAAGCCUCGUUAGAGUUCGUCUUGAAAGGAAUCAAAUAGAAGGAGAUAUCUCUGAGUUGGGAAUUCAUCCCAAUAUGGUGUAUAUGGAUAUGAGCUCGAAUAAACUAUAUGGACAGUUAUCUAACCACUGGAGGGAGUGUCGUAAUCUUACCAAGCUGAACAUCUCAAACAACAACAUCAUGGGUAAUAUACCCACAAGUAUGGGACAACUGUCUCAGUUAAAGGUACUCGAUCUUUCAUCAAACAAACUUGAAGGGGAGCUUCCAAGUAAACUGGGCAAUGUAAAAAGUCUGUUCCAUUUGAGCCUCGCUGAUAAUUUUCUCUACGGUAGUAUUCCACAAGAAAUUGGAUCAUUGUACAAUCUAGAGCUCCUAGAUUUGUCAUCAAAUAACCUAAGUGGUUCAAUAAGAGGUUCAAUUGCACGUUGUCUCAAGCUUCGCUUUUUGAAGUUGAGUCAUAAUAACUUUGAUGGAAACAUCCCUGCCGAGCUAGGCGUGAUGUUAAGCUUACAAGACUUGUUGGAUUUAAGUGACAAUUCAUUUGUUGGGGCGAUACCAAGCCAACUUAGUGGCCUGAGCAUGCUAGAUACUUUGAAUCUUUCACAUAAUGAAUUGAAUGGCUCAAUUCCAGCAUCAUUUGGGAGCUUGGAAAGCUUAACAUCCAUUGAUGUAUCUUAUAAUGAAUUGGAAGGACCGGUCCCACAGAGUAGGCUUUUCAUGAGAGCACCACUCCGGUGUUUCAUGCAUAAUAAGAUGUUAUGUGGUGUAGUGAAAGGACUGCCCUCCUGUAGUAGUGCAACUCAGAGCGAAGGACAAAGGACAGCUUAUGGAAUAAUUGUACUAGCCACAGUCGUCCCUAUUUUGAUAUGUGUUGUUCUUGCCAUAGUUGUACUUAAAUUCCAACAUGAAAGGAAAAAUUCAAAGGCAACUUCCACUGAUAAUGUAACACAAUUAGCAAGCAUGUUCUCUGUUUGGAGUUUUGAUGGGGCAAAUGUGUUCAAGCAAAUUGCUGAGGCAACUGACAAUUUUAGCGAGGUACAUUGCAUUGGAACCGGAGGAUAUGGGUCUGUGUACAAAGCUAAACUUGCAACAUGUGAAAUAUUUGCCGUGAAGAAGAUACACAUGAUAGAAGAUGAUUAUGACAUCAAUGAGUCAAUGUUCAAUCGCGAGAUUGGGGCAUUGGUGCAGAUUCGACAUCGCAACAUCGUAAAACUAUUUGGGUAUUGCUCCUCAAGCCAAGGCAGGUUUCUUAUCUAUGAAUACAUGGAGAGAGGAAACUUAGCGGAAACACUUGGGGCCAAUGAAAGGGCAAUUGAAUUGGACUGGAAAAGGCGGGUAAAUAUUGUGUUGGACGUGGUUCAUGCUUUGGCAUACAUGCAUCAUCAUUGUCCAUCACCAAUAGUUCACCGAGAUAUAACAAGCAACAACAUUUUGCUUGAUAUGGAAUUUAGAGCUUGCAUAUCUGAUUUUGGUACGGCUAAAAUCCUCAAUGUUAAUGGCCCGAAUAUCACAAGGCUUGCUGGUACGAAAGGCUAUCUUGCUCCAGAGCUAGCGUAUACAGAGAAUGUGACGGAGAAAUGUGAUGUAUAUAGCUUCGGAGUGCUCGUUAUUGAGCUUUUUCUGGGAUCCCAUCCAGGCGAUUUGCUAUCAUCCAUCUACUUGACUACCAAGAAGAAUGAUAUGUGUCUGAAGGAUCUGCUGGACUCCAGGCUCGAGCUUCCGGGCACUGAAAUCGCUAGAGAAAUAUACAACUUGCUCAGCAUUGCAGUUCAGUGCUUAGAGCCUAACCCAUCACACAGACCAACAGCACAGCGUGCUUGUGAUGAGCUAUCUUCUGGGAACCAAACAUGUGAAGGUCAUCAUGUUGAUUAUCUACAUGCCGACCUCACCAUUCCUACCUAG